AUGACCUUUUGGUCCGAAAACACUGCACAGAUCAGCUCCAACAUUCGCAAAUUGGAUAUGCAGUCAGUCAUUUUACAGUAUGAAGAACACAACCAAUCUCUACAGUGCAACAAUGCUAAUGCCCUCACCUCUUUGGAUAAGAACCACCAUAAAGAAGUGGUGGAGCUCCAGAACAAUAUGGCAAAAGCCCAAAAUGAGGCUCACACUGAAAUAGGCCAGAAAGAGGCUCGAUUUGAGCAUGAGAUGCGUUUAGCAAAAGAUAGAUUUUUGGCUGACAAAGAAGCUGAAUUGAUCUGCUUGAAUGCCAGUUAUAGUUCUAAGAUUGAUUCAUUGAAUGUUCUAACAAUUUCACAGAGCCAAAUUCAACAUGCCAACACUCUGUCACCCACAUCCCCACCUGCCUGGCAGCACCUCGUGGGCAAAAAACCUGUUGCCACAUGUACCAACAUCAUUGGGUUUGCACCUAUUCCUGAUAUCAGCUCAGAGUCUGAUGCAGACGAGGAACCCCAGAUGACCAGUAAUGGACUGCCCCUGACAUCACUCCUAGGAGACGUGCCAAUUGUGCAUGUGACUGUUGGUAUGCUUGCUGAGGUGCUCGCAAAGGUUCUUCAGAUUCCACACACAUCAUCUCCCCAAGGACCUCACUCAGGACACAAACUGCUUAAGCCUCCUGUUGAGAAUUUUACUAAUAACCAGUGCCAAGAUAACAAGGCAAACAUUCGGGAGUUAUUCAAAACCACAUUCCAUGCCACAAAAGAUGAAGAGUAUAUGCUUCAUGUCCCGGUGUUGCACAAAGCUAUAUUGUCUUUUGCAGAUGAAACAGGCCCAGGCCCUGACCCCCUUGCACUGCAAUGGGAUAUGGUGACCACACACAAGUCCAAAUGGAACCAAAAAGUCAUCAAUUUCCUCUUCAAUGCCACAAGUGUUGGAGGAAAGCUCAGCCUCUCAGCCUUGGUGAUGGUACUUGUGAGACCAUGCAACAAGUGGGAGAUUGACUUGUGGAUCAGACAAAUGAGUGACUGUGGCUUGCUAGGGUUCUCACUCACAGGACAAUGGAAUGCCACAGGAAAAGAUGAUCAGGUUGUGUGGGCAUAUCUUCAAUCCAUGAUGGAGAAUCUUGGAAAAGAUGGCAUGAGCUCUGAUAUGAAUUUUGGUCAUGAGAUGCAGAUUAUUGACCAGCAGCAUUUGAUGGGUGCCACAAUUUUCACUCCUUGCGGAAGCAAGCCUGCCAAGUGUUUUUGUAAUGCUAACCAGGAUUCUUCUCACAAUGCAAUUGAGGACCUGCCAACAGCAUUCUAUGAUCCUACCUGGUUGACUGAACAAUCUCAAUAUUGUAUGAGCGAAAAUAUGGGCAGACCAAUAAUUAUAAACAUGGAUGGCUUGAUCUCGCAGAUGCACUCUCAGGAAUUCCAUCAUAACUGCUCUGAACGAAGUGUGCCAAGAACUGUUCCAAGUGAAAAUAAUCCAUGUUUCAUACCAUCAAAAAUGUAUUGUGCUGCAGAUAUUACUGGGACACCAAAUGACCAUCUUACAUUUCUUGGCUUUCACAACAUGCCUGCACAUAACAUCAUCCACCUCUAUGCCCAAUACUGCUCCCUCCAGUGCUGCAUAGAUCCUCUCAUGUGCAGUGAUGGGUGCAAUACUUUCAUUGCUGGAGGUGUAGGGCCAAGUGUAUGGGUUAAAGUGUAUACCAUGGGCUGCAGUCAUUUUGUGGCAAGUACUUACAACUACUGUAACUUCACAAUGGUAUUGCACCUAAACUUCAUCCUAGGCUGCAUUCAGUAUUUUAUCUCCCAGUUACCCAUACUCACUUCAACAAACAAUAAUUUCCCUGUCCUUGGAACAACUUCAUGCGACUUAAAACAAGUAAAUAUCAUCAAGAUCAUGUUCAAUCGUAUAUCCCACCUUUGCAAUGGGAAACUCGACAAGUUGCCUCUCCAGUCCAAAAAAUUCUUCAAAUUCAUGCAGCAGUCACAGGACUUUGUCUCACAGACUGACCAGUCGCAGGUUUCAAAGACUGACUUCCCUGGGAGUCUAGGACCUUCCAAGGCAACAUAUGUCAAGUUAUUGUGGUAUAUUCCAAUGCUACACAUUGAUGAAGCUGUAGCUAAAGCUAAGCUGCCACCACAUGGAUUUAACCAGCUUGACAACAAAUCUGACGUUUUCUUGAAGUGCAAAGCAGAUGCUCAACUAGGUCCCUUUGCGAUCAAGUGUGUAACACUUUAUGAGCCAUGCAACUCUAAGGUGUUUAUUUGGUCCCUACCUGUGGAAAUCCUCAUCACUACCAUUGCCCUUCUAGGAGCACUAGAUCUGCACUUAGUCACACAAGUUUCUUCUCUGCUGAGAGAAAUUGCUAUGCUGCUCUUCUUCCUUGACAGAAACUUCCCAACUUCCCUGCAGGACCUGUUCCACAUUUGUGUAGACUCGCCAAAUUUUGACAUUUUGUCUACUUGGAGACAAAUGGACACUUUUCAUCUGCCACAUAUGGUGUUGAGUUGGCUGGAUUUGGAUUUGCAAUCCUCACAGCUAUCUGCAUUUUCGCACUUCCUUGAGUCCAUUCCCUGCAAAUUGAUACAAUACAUCACACUUUUCUGGAAUUUCAACAUUCUCACUUCCCCAAUUCUCUCUCAAAUUGUUAGAUUACUGGAAAACAUCUGUGCCUCCAGUGUCAAAGAACUGACAUGCAUGGGUUUCUGCGAUGACGCUGUCUCACCAUCUGUCACUGGCCUCGCCCAAAUUCAGGCAUGUGUAGGUCUGAACACCCUGAAAGCCUUUGAUGCAUCUUCAUGGACAUUUUUUUCCCUGAAGCUUCUUCCUUUCACCAUUCAGACCAUCUGUCUUUCCCAAUGUCUGGAAAAACUUCAGCUGAGUUCUGUCAAGCUCAGUUCUGCACAAUGGGACAAACCCCUAUGCCACUUUGUGAUCCCAAUGCUUGUAGAACUCCGAGUCAAUGGAGACUAUUGUGACAGCAUUGGACAUCUUGUCCUUUCCCUGCCUAAUGGUCAUUCUAGUGCAGCAAUGAUGUGUUUAUUGGGCGCCCAUUCCAUGGUCCAUAUCAAACACUUGGUAAUAGAUUACUCAGAUGGUUUGGUCCCAAGUGCUCCAGGUGAUCCAUUGGCGCUAUCCAUGGCAUGGAUUCAAGCUCUUCCUCAAGUCAAGUGUGUUACUUUGCGAGGUUACUUGGCUACUGCUGCUGGGGAUCUUCUUGACAUUAUGUGUAGCUUUGCAGCGGGCAAUGUUGAACUGGCUGUGGAUCUGCAUGUCUCACCAGAUCUGGCACCCUGUCUUAUAGAAUUAUGCACACGAUGCUGCAAAGUUGGAGGGGAUGGUGUACCUGGUAAUCCUGGUGGCAAAGAAGUGCCUACCACUCAGAAAACCAUACAUUUAUUGCAAGAUGCCAACUUGCCUUCAUUGUCUGAACAUGAAGCAUCUGUGCUUCAUCUUGCUCACCAGCAGCUGGAGCCUAAUACUUCCCAGGUCGACAAUCUUGCUGCCAAGUUAUUUGCCAUCAUGUUAACAGACAAUGAUGCCAAUCCAGACAGUCACAGCAAACUCUGGAAUUCGCACUCAGAAGUUCAACAAGACAAGGGAAAGGUCUACCAUUCUCUGGACAGUAUAGCUAGAUUCACAGAAGAUGAUGUGCAGUGA